AUGUCUGAGACCUCUACUGAUAUCCUGGGCGUACUUGUGUCGGAGGGCUAUGGCAUCUUCACACAAGUUACCUCCAUCCUCGAUAGCUUGACACAAAGCUCAUUAACUCCGACCUCGACAAGCGCCUUCGCGUCUUUAUCAAGCUCUGUAUCCUCCGAUGCCUCUUCGGCUACACCAGCUUCCUCCACCUCCACAUCAAGCACGCCCAAUACUUCUGAACCAUCGGUAGCCGCUGCAUCUACCGCAGCUUCACCUACUGCAGCGGCUACAUCGAGCACUCCUUCAAGUGCGAAUGCAGCUGGAGGCGGUCAUAGCAACAAGAUGGCAAUCAUUCUCGGCACAGUGUUGGGAGCUUUAGCACUUGGCCUUCUCAUCCUUGCCAUCUUGCUAUGUUGUCGCCGAAGACGUCGGCGGAGCCGAAAUGGGUCUGUCCGCCACAGCGCUCUUCUUCCGGCUGACGAUGAAGUCAACGGAUGGAGGCAGCCACAAUUCAAGGAGGGAAGAAGUUAUGAGUCUAGCAAGGAAUUGACUGAAGGUGGAGCCCCGCUCAUGACGGAGCACCCGGCCUACCGAAACAGUCACGAGAAUCCUUUUGUGCCGGUUCCACCCCCGCCGAGAAGGAGUGCUCCCAAUUCCAGAGCCGGCCUGACGGACGGGAACGUUCCUGGAGAUGCUCCUUAUCUUAUGGAAAAGGGCACCGGCAGGCCCAUCGGCUUGAACGAGAGUAGGUCACGAAGCAGAUCGGGUCAUGGUAAAGCCCUCGCCAUGGGAGCCGGAGGUGCCGCUUUUGGCGCAGCCGCAUUGCACCAUCACAACAAGAAGCGCAACUCUGCUGGUGACGACUCACCUAAGCAUACCAUCAAUCGGAAGCCUGUUCCAGUCAACACUAUCAGCGGCGGCGAAGCCUGGCCUUAUGCAUAUCCUCCACCAAUUCACAACCCGGAGUUUGGAGGAGCUGCUGGCGUAGGCACACCUUCGCGGCAAAGUUUGGAAUCCGGUCGCGGCCGUCCAGGACGUGAUCCCGCUCGUGCCAACGCGGCUUUCAAUAACGAAUAUCGCAACUCCUCAGGCGACCGACAUCCUGUUGCUGCCAAAACAGCCGCGGCCCUCGGAGCCGGCGCUCUCGGCGGAGCAGCCCUUGCCCACCACCGCGACAAGAAUCGUGAAGACUCUGACUCCAGUCGCAUGUCACAUGAUGCUACCCUCGUCGCUGCAGGCCGGCAAGCCUCUGACACCAGCUCUGACUCCAACAACCACCGGUAUUCUGAUGCAAUGGCCCGUCAACAACCGGGCAUUCACGAGCUCCCUUCCAACAUCCCACCAACGCCUCCUGUCCGCGAACACCGCAAUUCGGCCUUCGGUGCCGCUGCUCCUCCGGCCGCAGUCGGCAGUUACUUCACACCAGACCGUCAGAGCGGAUCGUCGCACUCUCGCUCACGUUCACGCUCACGUUCGCAUUCGCAGUCAUCGAGCCGGCCAGUGUCCUUCCCAGAAAACCCUGAUGAUUACCACUACAAGAGAGAGUCACAUCCACCAAUUCCAUCUCGCUCACCUGCCCGGCAGUCUUUCGUUCCUUCUGUUGGCGCCUCGUCGGAUUAUGGAGAUAUUCCUGUAACGUACAAUCCCAGCUCGCCACCAUAUGAGAGAAGGAGCCUCGUGGGCGAUAAUGGCUACCCGCAUAUGGGCGUACCACGGCGAAAGUCAACUGCUGCGUACGAAUAUGAUCAUGAUGACGAAGACUUGAGCCCACCGGCCGUACCGAAACCAUUGGGUGGCAGUGACGAGAGCAGGCAACCGAGCGAUGACAGCACAUGGAGGCUGAGCAUGGGUAUGCCUGGUGGUUGGCAACGAGCGGGCAUGGAGCAAACGCCGCGGGAGAGCAUGGAUGGGUGGGUAAGCCCCGUGAGUCCCGUGGGUACUGGCUGGGAAGCAGAUCGGAAGAGUGGAGGUAGCGGAAUGGGAAUAGGAAGAUUGAGGAGGCCAAUGGUGGAAAAUCACGGCUACGAGAGCCACGCCAGCAAUGGAGUGGGGAGAGCGCUGUAA